UUAGCUGACACGAUCCAGACACUCCAGCAGGAGUAGCCUGGCCUGGAAUAGUUUUUGUGUCUGAAGAUGGCCGAAACCAAGAAGUAGGCCGAAACGUAACGAAGAAGAAUUUUGUUUCAUUUCUCACCGAAAAACAUCAACUAAAGCCAAAAAACAAAAAUUCUCGGUGACCAAAACUAUCAAACAUCAAUCCCGUUGAUCAAGUAAUUAAAGAAGCAGAAAUGCUGUUAACAACGAAAGUUGGCCUCAAAUAUGGAAACGACACCGGUGCCAACGCCAGGGCAUUAUUGAAAUGUGCGAUACAAGUGGCCAAAGCAAAGAACAAACUAAAAUACCUGCUGAACUGCAGAAAGUGCAAAAUCAUCCCAACUUGCCUAAACUAUAAGCUACGAGUCCGGCUCUACAGUGAUGUUUCCGUACAGGAACUCGAACGACUCGAGCAUAAACAGAAGGUCCGUUUGAUCAGCACUGUGAUUAGCGACACAAAGAGGCAAAUCGCUCACCUGAAAUCGUCAAAACGCCGUAUUUGCGAGAAGCUGAAAGUGGAUAUGGACGAAGAAGAUUGGGAAGACCUUCGAAAAAUGGUGGAAAACAAAGCCACCAAAGAGUUCCAGCAAGCUAAAACCCGCGAAAUUAACAAAAUGGACAAACUAAAGAUGAAGAAGAUUAACGAGAUGCAGAGAGAACCAACCUGGAUAGAGAACACAACCAACGUCCUCCUCCCAGACUUUUUGGAACGAACACUGCUCUUAGGACCUAACUUCAACAUCCAAAACGAGAGCAACAUCCCAUAUGUUCGCUUUGUCGCUGACGUCGAAACAGCGAUCAAGAAGAAGACGGAGUUCACUGGUGACGACAUCGAAACUGUGGCUAAGAAGAGAGCUGAAGCUGACGACAUGCGGGCUGAAGUCUCAGCCAUGGUAAACAGCUACGUAAACUACCAACACCAACCACACACUAAGAAAAACGAUUGGAUACAGAAAGACAUCAUACGCAGUCAACGCUUCCUGAAGGAGAACGAUCAGCUGAUCGUGACGAGAGCGGACAAGGGGAACAAGGUAGUGGUCAUCACGGCAGAAGAGUACAAGAAGAAGAUGAAGGAGCUCGUCGGCGACUGCGCUACCUACGCACAGCUGCCGAAGGAUCCCACUUACACUAUCUUGAAGAAACAAAAUGUGUUAGUGAAACAAUGGUACGCGGAUAAACACAUUAGCAGUUCCAAGCGGGACCAUCUGCUGCUGUUUCACUGCAACGCCCCCAGGAUUUACGGUCUACCCAAGAUCCACAAAGCAAAUCGCCCGCUCCGCCCUGUGGUUUCCACUUGCGGUACCGCCACCUACAAAUUAGCUCAAUACCUGGCAGGUAUUUUGAGCCACCUGGUGGGGAAAACCCGGUACCACGUAAAAAACAGUUUCACCUUUGCUGAGGACAUCAGCAAAGUUGUGGUACCUGAGGGUUGUGUAAUGUAUUCUCUCGACGUGGUAUCAUUAUACACGAACGUACCUGUCGACGAGAUAUACACGUGCAUCGAAGAACGAUACAGCGAACUCGCACGCUACACAACCAUCCCAUGGGAGAGCUUCAAACAAGCGCUGGAGAUCGUACUGAAGAAUGCCUUUUUCCAGUACGACGGUAAGAUCUACAAGCAGAUCUUCGGCCUCCCGAUGGGUUCUCCUCUUUCGUCGGUGGUGUCGGACAUCGUCAUGGAGAAGCUGGAACAACUAAACAUCAACAAACUAAGGCAACGUGACAUCACACUACAGGUCUACAAGCGGUACGUUGACGACUGUUUCGUCAUCGGGAAGGAGGAUGAGAUUGAAGCUGUGGUAAGUACGUUCAACUCGACAUUCAACAGCCUACAGUUCACGGUAGAGAGAGAGACCGACGCCUCUCUCAGAUUCCUCGAUCUAACGCUAACGAGGGCAGGAGAGAAGAUAAACAAAAAAUGGUUCCCCAAGCAUGAAGUAGGGCGAUAUUUGGAUUAUCUCUCCGAAAGCCCUAAAAACCACAAACUUAACACUGCCAUCGCUCUUUUCGACCGAGCGCUUAUGCUGACCGAUGCGGAGAGGCGGCCGGAAAGCAUAAAGAUCGUCCGGAACAUACUACGCAGGAACAACUACCCGGCGUGCUUCGUGUGGCAAGUACAGAGAGAGAGAGUACAUCUUCUGUACAACUCUCUCGAGCGCGAGGAGAAGAGGGACAAGGGGGUUGCCACUUACGCAUCGGUGGCUUAUAUCCCACACUUGAGCGAAAAAGUGGGGAAAGCGCUACGCAAACACGAUAUAAUUGCUGCUUACAGACCUAACGACAAAAUAAAAAACACAGUUUUUAGCAGACUGAAGGACAAGGUACCAAUAAUGCAGCAAACUAAUGUCGUGUACAGCGUCCCUUGCGGUGUGUGUAAGGACAGGGCUUACGUUGGGCAAACAUCGCAGAAGCUGGAAAAGCGGCUUAAGCAGCAUAAAGAUGCUGUCCUAAACAACACAGCAAACUCUGGCCUCUCGCAACACACACUGGGAAUAGGACACGUUUUCGAUUUCUCCAGAACUAAAAUUCUGGAGAAGGUCGAGAAGGAGAACGCGAGAUGUACGACCGAGAUGAUGCACAUCAAAAUGAUGGGGACGGAGGCUGUGAACCUCCAACGGGAGUCGGCUUCUCUCUCGUCGUCGUACAAUCGGCUGCUGCUAAAACUAAAAGAGAGUCAGCCGAAAAAAUCACGGCACGACUCUCAGUUAGCUGACACGAUCCAGACACUCCAGCAGGAGUAGCCUGGCCUGGAAUAGUUUUUGUGGUAACUUAAGUGUUUUUCAUAUUUGUGACCUUUUGAUUAAGAUUUUAUUUUUUGUAUUUUUUUGUGUUUAAAUAUAGUCUGAAGAUGGCCGAAACCAAGAAGUAGGCCGAAACGUAACGAAGAAGAAUUUUGUUUCAUUUCUCACCGAAAAACAUCAACUAAAGCCAAAAAACAAAAAUUCUCGGUGAC